UCAAACGGUAAACAAUGUAGCAGACCGAAUCGUUUAGCAGUUUCAAAAUCAAAAUUAAGCACCUAUAUUUUUAUACUAUCAUAUUGCAUGAAUUUAAAUAGCUGUCAGAGGAAAUGAGGUUUAACGAAAAGGAAAUCGUUUGUUUUUCAGCUGAGCCUGGCGACAAGGAAGGAAGAUUAUUUUACAAAAGCCCUGGUUUCAGAGAAGUUUACAAGGAAAGAUGGUUUAAGCUCAAAGGAAAUCUACUUUUCUACUUUCGAUUGAAUGAACAUGGAGCAGUGUUUGAGAGUGAACCUGUUGGUGUGAUUGUUGUUGAACAAUGCAGGAUUCAGCCUGAAUUAUAUACAGAGAUAUCAAACGCCUUUUCUAUUACAUUUGUAAAGGAUUUUGAAAAAAGACACUAUUUUGGAUGUCAAACUACAAAACAGUGUGAAGAAUGGAUGAACUGUUUAAAAGUGUGCAGCUAUGAAUACCAAAGAACACGCCUAAAAGAGUUGCAAACAUUAUUAUGUCAAAGAACUGGAAUUGAUCCCCUGGCUGCAUUUUCAAAGAUAAAUGAGAAAGAAGUUGAAGAGACAGAUGCUGACAGUUAUUUCAACCAUGUUCAUUUAUUUUCUAAAACAAUGGUUCAUUUGUUCACUUUGCAAUGA